UGCCGUAGAGAUUCCUACGACUUCACUCUUCUUCCAACUUCAUCACCUAAUUGAUUGUAAGGUUGAUUCAUUCAUACCAGAUAAUUGUUACUAUUCUAUUCUAUAUGUAAUCGAACUUCGAAUCAUUCAUUGCGAAUUGUUCAAAGAUUCAGAGUGGUCAACUUUCAUUACCUAUGAAAUCAUACUCAUUCACCCUUUUCGCUGGUAGAUGAACUUGUGAUUCGACUUCAUGCUGAACCUCAUUUAAGAGCGAUCCCUGGCCAGAGCCAGCAGAACGAGAGAGAACGAAUACACCUUAUAACCUCAAAAUCUUAUCAUCAUACAAACAAAACCACCUUACUGUUUCAACCCGAGUUGUUCAGUCAAAUCCACAAGAUGUCUCCAUCGUUAGAUAUUCCCCAAGCCGGCUUGAGGCUGGAGAGUAAUCCACCCUCCAACAAGUCUGCCACAAAUGUUACACCUGCUAUUGGCUUGACUUUGAGCAAUGCAAUGAUCGAGGACAUGAUCAAAUGUUAUCAGAAUAACAAACCAAUAGAAUUAUCAUUGGGUGGACAUCCCAAUCUGAUAUAUGGCAACAAAUCUCACAUUCUUUCCACUUACCACGAUCCAUUCCAAUACGAAGUAUACCAGACUGCGGAUUCCAGCGAUACGGACUCGGACCACUUCAAUAUGUCGAAACCACAGGUACUCAGUGAGCUUACCCUCGCCAACAAGAAGUUAUUGGGGCCAGGUGCGCAACCUCGUUACAAGGCGGAAAGCAUGAAGACGAGCAAGAAGCCCACUUCGGCAACUGCAGGCGAGGAUACAGCGUUAGAAAAUUUGAGGGAAUCGAUGGCCACAGCUCAAGCGAAGAAAGAUGGGAAUACUACAAAAAUCAUCAAUCAAAUCCCUGGAAAACGAGGAGCCUCCAAGGUCACAAGCAAAUCGAAGUUCCUGGGCAAGGGGCUCGGAAACGAUGCAACCAAAUCGAUGCCAGUCAGUCCCGCCCUUUCUGGCUUAGGAAGUCCAGCUUUAGGCGCGACUAAGUCUCUCUCCCAGCAACAAGCCGAGAAUGCCAAGAGCAGUAGGAAACCUGUAGUCCACCUACUGGCCCUCGAACCAAUGUCUGAGAAGGAACUCAAUAACCGAAUUCCUGGUCCAAAAGAUGACCUCAAGCAGGCAAUUGCGAAGGUAGGAGACCUCAAUACAUCGACUGGAAAAUGGGAACUCCGCAAAAAUUACUACAAAGAGCUCGACGUAUUCAACUUCAAAUACGGAAGCGACGCCGAGCGUCAGAGAGCAAUUGAUAAUGCGGUUAAGAUUUUCGACAAGAUGAGAUUGGGCUUAUCGGAACCUGAGUGGGAAAAGCUCUUGCCCAAAUCGGAGCGAGGAACUGGAAAGUCCCUUAGUAAGGUGCAAGCUUCAAUUACCAAUAGCGCUGCUGCGAAAUUAAAAUCCAACGACGAGGAAGACGUAUUUGGCGAUAAAAUGGCUUCAAAGGUGAAGACUGAGACUACAACCAGAUCAGCUUCAGGACCACCAACAACUAAGCCCAAGAAACUUAGCGAAAAAGAAGCUCAGGCCAAAAGAUUACUUUCUAAGAAUCCUCCAAAAACAGCAGCAGCCACUAUGAAGUCGAAGGCCGUGAAGAAGGAAGUUGAAAAGCCAAAAGGAUCAGCGGCAAAGCCUCUUUCUUCCCAAUAUGUUGUCGAAUCCGACGAAGAAGAAGUUCCAAUCAAGAAGCCUCAAGUUACCAAGGCCCCAGUCAAGAAAGAGAAUGUCAACAGCAAACGAGGUCGUAACGAAGAAAUGGAUUCUAGCGAUUCGAGCUUACCUUUAAGUAAGAAGAUCAAGAAGGAUACUACCAAUUCACAUCGAGUUUCAGAUGCUAGUCAAUCAUCUCGUCCAAGCUCCAAUUCUACGACCUCUUCUUCGAAUUCCUUCAAAGGCAAAGCAAACUCCCCACAGAAAUCAUCACCUUUGGCUUCCUCGCCACCGACCAAUGCAUCGGAUUUCGGAAAUACAUCUUCUGGUGGUCGAUCAUCGACAUCUACUUCUCCUCCCAAUCAUCACACUUUGUCCAAUACUCGCAACAAUCGAUCACCUAUUCAUAAACGCCACCAAAAGUCAUCCAGUGUUGCCUCGUCAGUCUCAUCCACCGAUAGUACCCGCCGUUUGAGACCUGGUGUAUUGGACUUGGCCGAAAACUACAAGAGAUUUUAUCCUAUCUAUCUCAAGCUUCAUAAUGAAUUGGCAACAUCGAGGGUUAAAAAUCCUAUAGAGGAAGAGAAGCUUCUCGCAAUGCAUGAGCGCCUGAGCGACUUGAAGAAACAGAUUCUGGAGGGGAUCAUCGAAGAAUGAAAUGGCUCUGCUUCACUUCUCAUUUGACAUGACUGAAUCGGUCUUUCAUUACAUCGCUACACAUGCGAUAAUUCUCAACACAAAACGACUGCUUUGACUGCGAUUAUACUAUCCAUUUACUGCACACACACACACACACACACACACACACACAC